GCGGCUAAAAGGAAUUAAUUAAUUCAGUGUACAUCUUUGGGUGCUACCGUCGUAGUUCACACCUGCGCGCGUAGAUAUUCUGAUUGUUAAUGGUUUUUCAGUUCGGCUAAAAAAUGAUUUGAAGCAUUGUAUUUUUUAUUGCAGAAAGUGUUCUUAUUAAUAUGUCACACGUGCAUCAAGUUUCGUGACAUUGGCUCCAUUUUUACUUUCAUGAUGUGCAUUUUUCUACACUUGCCAUAAGAGCACGGGCUAAAUUGCUUGUUUUUAAAAUUAUUUAUUUCAUUUGAACCAUUCUCUUUAACAAUCUGAAACUUCGUACAAGGCUUCGAAAUAUAUCGCAGAAUGUACUUGAAAAAUUUCAUAAAAUUGGCUGCAUUUUUUUUUACCACGCCGGGUUCAUCGCUAAGCCUAUCAUAUGACAAAUUGAUGAACAAAUAAUUUUUUGAAUAAUCGCUUGAGAAAUUCAUCAUUAUUUUACGCCAGAUAUACCUCAGUAUUCUGCCUUUUCUCUCAUAUGACGUAACAUAAGCUCAAACUACGCAUUCAGUAUUGUGAAGUAAUACUUUUGCUCAGACUCAGUCUGUCAAUAGGUAGGUACGUACGCAAGUGCAACAAAGAGACAGCUAUAACUGCAUUGAAGCUCUGAUAUAUCGGCUCAGUAGCGUUCGUAGCACUGCAUUGAGUCUCCCUAAAGUGCCGCGGAGCAUGCGGAUGUUGAUGAAAACAAAUAAAUUCAUUGCGAAUAACUCUCUUCGCCCUAUUUCGUAAUAAUUCUCCUCCGAAAAGUUGGAAUUGUGAGGAUGCCCAGUAAGAAGAAAAAGUAUAAUGCUCGAUUUCCAGCGGGACGCAUCAAGAAAAUCAUGCAGACAGACGAGGAAGUUGGAAAAGUGGCUCAAGCCGUUCCAAUAAUCAUUUCUCGGACAUUGGAGCUAUUUGUUCACUCUUUGCUGACAAAAACAAUGCAGAUAACGAAUGCUAAAAAUGCAAAAACCCUCAGUCCAUCCCACAUGAAGCAGUGCAUCCUGUCUGAGAGCCGAUUCGACUUUCUAAAGGACCUAGUGAAAUGUUUGCCAGAUGUGUCGGGAGUUGAUGAUGAGGUUCCCACGCCUCCUCUCACUCCGGCGCCUAUAGGAAUUAAUCCAAUGAUUGGGACUGUCAUGGUUCCUCGUCCACAACCUGAUGCUAGAAUUCUAAAAGAUCCAAGUAGAAAGCCUCACCUAAACCAAGUGAACAAUAACAAAGACUGCAUAGAACCAGUGAGUAACAACGUGGGAAAGUUAAAAUUCAUAGAGCCCCCAGACCAAUCAUCGACACGUAUUCCAAACUUUCAAAUAUCGAUGCCGUCAUCGUUCCAAGCUGGUCAGCCUAAUUUCUACACGGAAUUGAAUCAAAAUAACGUUAAUGCUGUAACGAUCACUCAACCGACAUCAAACUUUGGUCACACUGCCACCAUUGAUGAAGACUACGACACAUAAUUUAUUGAAGAAAAACAACAUUAAUUAUAAGCGACACCUGCGAACUUUUUUCUUUUUUUUCUUUUCAUUCUUAACAAAUUAAUAUUCAUUAGGCGGUCUUGUACAGUAGAAAUUCUUCAGUCCAUUUUUUGCGUUUCAUUAUAAUUUUUUUACCUUUUUCAGUUAAAUUAAUCUACAAAAUUAAAUAACUAACAAAUAACGGAGGUUUAACUUUUUUCGUUAUCAAUAAUUUUUUUUAUUCAUUACAAAAAUUCUUCAUACUAGUAGAUAAGUUAUUAUAUUUAGGACCAGCCCAGUUGCACCAAGCCCAAUCAAGAAAAUCAUCAGUUAAGUAUUAAAAUAAAUAAAAGUAAUCUGCUGAUCAGUUUUGAUCGAAAAUUCAUCGAAGGUAUUUUGUAUGAUCACUAUUUGUCAAUAAUAUCGCUAAUUAUGAACCAUUUAGGCGAUAUUCACGACCGAAUGGCUGAAAAUGAAAACACUCUGCGAUUAAUUUCUGAAAUUACCCAACUGAGAACUAAAUUUACUUCAGACACAAAUUUCUUCUAAAGAUUUAUUUGGCUAACAGGGCUUGGUGCAACCGGCCCUUACUAUGACAUGCGCCAAAGGGCUGUACUUAAUUUUCUCAUAUUAAAUAUAUGGAGAAAAAACUAAAAAUUACUGUACAGAGUAUUAGAAUAAACCAUUGGUGGUUUUUUUUCAUA